GUGACCUCUGCGAGAGCGACCUGGAGGGGACGCCGGGUGAGGGCCUUCUGCGAGUCCCGGGGAAGCGAGCGUGGCUAGGCCGGGAGUCCGGGGACCCCUUCCUGGCAGCCCCCCUCCGCCACGAGCCCCCCCAAUCCUGGGGCUGGGCCUGCACCCCUUAAAUGCCAUUCCCAUCGCCGAGGGCCCCUGUGAUUAGCUCACCUAAAGUCCUGGAGGCUGCAGACCCCACUACUGGGCUCGCCGACGCCGGCCUCGAAUUUCUGCCACUAGGGAAGGAGGAGGGAGCACCACUUCAUGAGACCCAUUCAAAAAAGGAUGUGACUUGCAGCUCUUGGACUCUCUGAAGCUAUUAAAAGUUACAGUGUAUAUCUGCGGUGGCAGUGUGUGUGAAGUGCUGCGUGGCCACAAUCAUCAGGAACCACAUUAGAAAUGGAGCAGCCAUUCAUGUUAGAUGAUGAAGACGAACAAGAUCCAGAACCACAGCCGAGGUCAGGAGAACCCAUUCAAGUCCUCGAUGAAGAUGCUGAUGAAGAUGCAGAGCUGAUCUUUGUAGGGGUGGAGAAUGUAAAGGAAGACGCUGAGCUCAUCUUUGUUGGAGUAACUUCAACUUCCCAGCCAGCCAACUCGAACAUUUUGAACAGAGUCACCCCAGGUUCACGGUUAAAAAGAAAGCAUGACCGACUUAGAGCAACCACGACUCAAAGAUUGCAGCCCUCACGUCCUGCCGUUCCCACAUCCGAGGCAGUGGUUGUCUUGCCAGCAUCUCCAGCUGAAUCAAGGUCGACAGAUAGUCCUAUUGUUAUUGAGCCUUUGUCCGAGUCUGAUUAUAGAAGUAGUUCACCACAGGUUGUGCCUAGUAGCUCUUCCAAGUGCUGUUCACCUCUGGUCACGCUCUCAAGUUCAGAGAGUAGUCCAGUAAAGGCAGCGCUUUCAGGAGGAGAUCUGAAUGAGAAUUUGUAUGUAUCGAAGUGCCAUUUUUCCAUAAAUCCACAGAGGCCUGACCAUAGAAUUGAGAUUGUAGAACCACUCUCUUCAGCUUUGUCCCCUUCAGGUACCUUCCAUACCUCGCAUGUGCAACAGAGGACGCCUUCCUUUGAUGCUCCCAACUCUCUGAGCCGUCUUGUGAAUGGGGCACCUCCUUCAGAGGACUCGGUCCACCCUCAUCAGGAAAGUGGAUUGGUGGAAGCCGACUUUUCAAGUCUAGCAAGUCAAGAGACUUUUGAUCCCAAGAAAGGAAGUUUGACCCUGUUACUCAGUGACUUUUAUUAUGGACAGUAUAAAGGAGAUGGGAAGCCAGAGCAGAAGACUCACACAACCUUUAAAUGCCCCAGCUGCUUGAAAGCUCUAAAAAAUGUUAAAUUCAUGAACCACACCAAGCAUCAUUUGGAGCUCGAGAGGCAGGGGAGUGAGGACGCCUGGGAGAGCCACACCACCUGUCUGCGCUGCCACCGGCAGUUCGAUUCCCNGUUCCAGCUGGAGUGCCACAUCGACCGAGUGCACACGUCGCCGGACCCUUCCGUGGUCUGCAAAAUCUGUGAACUCUCCUUUGAGACCGACCAAGUCCUUUUACAGCACAUGAAGGACAAUCACAAGCCUGGGGAGAUGCCCUACGUGUGCCAGGUCUGUAAGUACAGGUCGUCAGGCUUCGCUGACGUGGAGGCACACUUUACAAAGUGCCAUGUAAACACUAAGAACCUGCUCUGUCCAUUUUGUCUUAAGAUCUCCAGAACUGGGCUGCUGUACAUGUGCCAUUACAGAGGCCACUGGGAAAAGAGCGGCCACCAGUACUCCCAGUGCUGGCUACAGUUUUUAACCUUCAAGGAGAAAAUGGAGCACAAGACCCAGUGCCACCAAAUGUUUAAGAAGCCUAAGCAGCUGGAAGGGCUGCCUCCCGAGACGAAGGUCGUGAUCCAGGUGUCCGUGCAGCCUGUGGAGUCAGAAUCUGUGAAGGUAGCAUCAAUCACUGUGAGCACAACUGACUGGGAGCCUUCUAACCCCCGACCUCAAGGCAGACUUUCACAAAAGCCCCAUUAAUUCUAACCUCAGUCAGAAUGAGAGAAGAGAGUACAAGUCUGUAGUAUAUCGUUUAAUCGCUGGUACCCAAAUUUUGUGAUAAUGCAGGGUUUUGUCUGUUUAUUUUUUGAGGGUUUCUUUUGUUCUCAUUUAGUGCUGGCGCUGGAUCGGAGGCUUCACAAAUAAUAAGCAAGUGCUCAGCCCUCCCCUUUCCCCUCCCCUGCUAAGGCAUUUUCUGAAUGAACUGUGAGUGCCAUUUGAAAUCCAUCUGGUUUUCAUAUUAAGUGUUUGGCUUGACAGGAGGAAGGUGUCUGUGUCCCUGUGAAUGGAAAACAAGUUAAACCUAUUUAUUAGUAUUUCAUCUAAACCCUAAAGUUUGAGAGUUCUUUAAAGGUUUGAAGUUUGGUGGGCUCGCAAGGCCCCACCUCUCCCUGAAGAUCUACAGGCAGUUAAUACUUGCUAAGGGAGGGAGAGAGACAUUGUUUUCGUUUCUUUUUUGAGAGACAUCUUCUUAAGUGGUAUAGCAUGGGUAAGUGGGCAAGCACACGUCCUUUUCAGUCUUGAAGCCAAAGAAGGAAUCCUGCCUGAAUGUCUUUACCUAAAAGAGUAUCCAAGGAGGCCAAGCCAUUCCUGUAAAACGCCCAUGUCUGUGAAAGACCCCUGCAAACAUUAAAAGCACAGCUGUGUAUUCUCAGCGCCACUUGAAGCAGCAGCAACAGUAGUUAGAAAACUGGGAUGGAGCCCAUGACCAUGGACUUUGUUUCGCUUGAUGCUUAGGGUAGCCAGAGUUACCCACCCUGUCGCGUUUUGGCUAUGUUUGAAGAACUGGUUAUAUCCUCAUGGACCACAUCAGUAAAGCAAGUUGUCCUUUCCUGAGGAAAGAAGCCCCGGCAUUUGUGGUUUGAAGUAUAUUGAACUUGAGUUAUAACUGAAAAGGUUUGGGAAAAUGGCAUCUGUCCAGUUUAUGACUUGGGCUGACCUUAGUUCUACUCUCAAGCUGUAAUAGGAACUUGCCCAAUAAUACUGGACAUAGCGUGGAAACCAGAGCAGGGUGGCUAGAAUUUAAACCCUCUCUGUGGUCUUUUGUUUUUCAGUCCACGUGUGUGGUUGAGUGUGUGAAGCUUGCAAUUUGGUGCCCUGGUGCUUUUCCCCCACUUGGUGCUAGGGAUUAAACCCGAGCGAGGGCUCUGCCACUGAGCCAGAUCCCUAGUCACACGUUGUGUCUUGUCUCCUAUUUAAGUGGUUCUACUGUCUGUAUAAGCUCCCUUUGUUGGGUGUGUAAUUUCUGAGUUGAUCACACUAAUACUGCUUGGGUCUUACUUGAAGCACUUUUGUGUGCAAGAUAUGUCCUAAAUGAAGACUUGCCUUCUCCUGCCUAUCAUACUACUUAGCUGGUCACCAGCCUCUGGAGGAACAACUUCUCUGAGGAUUGGUCUUCAACAGCUUCAGGAGCGCUAGCUCUUUCUGUACAUCUCCUUGAGCCUGGCCCCUGCCACCAGUUGUCCUCCAGCCCAGGUGACCAGCUGCCACUGCCCAUUCUUCCAGGCGUCUGGGUGUGUGCUGGUUAGAGACACCGGUCCUGUUCCUUUCUUUAAAGGUAUCUUGCUGGGUGUGGUAGCACACACUGGUAAUAAGAGCUCUUGGGAGGCUGGGGCAGGAAGAUCUAGAGUUCAAAGUCAGCCUGGGCUCUUCAGUGAGUUCCAAAUUACACAGGAAACAAAAGAGGCAGUGUGGGUAAGUUCCUUAGAUAGAUGUCCCUGUUCCAUUUUUUCCUUCCUCAGUUUACUGAAAUUUCCCUAGAUUCCAUGAAAAAAUGGGAAGAGGUUAUCCCCAGGCCUUGGCCUCUCAAGACUGAGGGAGGGACAGAGGUUGUGAGUAUCUUUUGUUUGCUCCGUGCUUGACCAUUGAUUGACUGUGAUCUGCCUUUUUACUAUUUUGAUGGGUCUUUUAAGUGAUUUUUUUUUUUUUUGGCCACAUCAUACUUUUUACCCUGUACUGUUCCUUUAGGUGUGGAAAGCAUAUUUGUCCCACUUGUUCUGGUGGAAAAUCCCGUUUAUGAAAUAAGUCUGCAGACUCAUAUAAACAUUACUGUCUAUGGUAAACUUAAGAACUGUCUUAGACCUGUGUCCAGUGUCUCCAGCCCUUCCUGUGGCAGUAGNUUUCUGUGUCACUAAAGCAUGCUCCUGAGGAGGACAGACUG